AUGGCACAGGACAGUCAGCCUGCCAGCUCCGAGGAGAACACUCCACCGACGCCGGUUUAUUAUCAACCGUCCACGACUCAAGCACUGCCACCACUAACCCCUGCGGGCGCACCCUUGGCACACCUGGGAGGAAUCUCGCCACCAGUCCCAACACUGGAAGCCCAAGCACCGUCCACCUCUAUAGAGGGUGCGGCCCGCAUCGUCGCACUGGAAGGCGACAUUUCCACACUGAAGGGCACGGUCAUUCAGAUGGCCGCCGACAUGGCCGAGCUCAUGGCCCUGCUCAAGGGCCCAAACCGCACCUCCUCAAACUCUACUCCGCCUCCGAGAUACGGGCUAACGGUCGACCCAAACCCUUGGGUCCCGCCGACCCAUGCUCCGGAAGGUGUUGAAGCACCUGCAAUACACGCACCGACGGGUCACCCGGCCAAUGUCCCUCCGCCAUCAGUGACUCUCUCGGCGGCCAUUCCUCUUCCACCGUCGGACCCGACCACUCUUGUACCGCCGCCGAUGUCCAUAUCGGUUCCGGCUCCUGUUUACGCAGCUCUUCCGCCGAUGGUCUUCCCGGUACCAAACCUCCACGCUCCCGUUUAUACAUCCGAGCCUCUCACAUUCCAAGCUCCACAACCCCAUAUCAACUUCUCCUACCCAGCACCACCUCCCGUAAAUAUCCCUGUCUCUGAACCAAACACGCCAACUCAGGCGGCCUUCGCAGCUCCACUAACAAAUUGUCUCCUAGAGACGGAGGUCGAGCAGGAGCAGAGAUUGAAGAAGAUGGAAGAGAACAUCAAAGCCCUACAAUCAGGUGGCUCCCGCCUCGAUGCCGGCGAUGGCGAUUGGAGUCUUUUCCCGGGUAUGCGGCUACCCCCGAAGAUUAAGGUGCCUGAAUUCCAAAGGUACCAUGGCACGACCGACCCUCGUCACCAUCUCCGUCACUACAGGGGAAAGAUGUUGCAGUACUAG